AUGAGACCCAGCAUCCUCCGACCCCUCCUACCCCGCCAAAACUGCUUGGUUUCAUCAGCAGUGCCUCGAUCCACCUUCUCUCAGCUUCUUCCAACAACAACACCUUGCUCGAGAUCUUCAGCACCUUUGCAAUCUUCCUUCGGACUAUCUGCACGAUUCAUCUCAUCAUCACCAAUCCUCAACAUGUCUAAAGUCUUCUUCGACGUAACUUGGGAGGGCCCUGUCCUGGAUGCCAGCGGUCGCCCGACCAGGGACAUCAAGGAGCAGAGCGGACGGAUUAACUUCACCCUCUACGACGACGUCGUCCCCAAGACCACCGAGAACUUCCGCGCCCUCUGCACUGGAGAGAAGGGCUUCGGCUACAAGGGCUCUGCCUUCCACCGCAUCAUCCCUGACUUCAUGCUCCAGGGUGGUGACUUCACUCGCGGCAACGGCACCGGUGGCAAGUCCAUCUAUGGCGAGAAGUUCGCCGAUGAGAACUUCACGAAGCGCCACGUCCGCCCCGGCCUUCUGUCCAUGGCCAAUGCUGGUCCCAACACCAAUGGCUCUCAAUUCUUCAUCACCACCGUCAAGACCUCUUGGCUCGAUGGCCGCCACGUCGUCUUCGGCGAAGUUGCUGACGACGAGUCGAUGAGAGUCGUCCAGGCUCUCGAGACUACCGGCUCGAAGUCUGGCACCAUCAGCUACGCCAAGAAGCCUACCAUUGUUGACUGCGGUCAGCUCUAA